AGAGCAUUACUCUAACGAAAAAAUGGCCGCGAAAAUGGCUCUAGUGAAGUGGUACUAUUUACAACUCGUUGCCAGUUUUUUCGUCAGUUGAACUCUUCUGCGAAAUCUAAGAUAUUCGGAAAUCAUCCACAAAUGAUGUGCUUUCGUAUCAUUUCAUUUAAUGUUCUUGUCUUGAAAUAUAUUUUUCAGAAAUAAGUCUGAAAAAUAGAGGCCCGAGAAGAGCAUGGUUGGUUUCAAUCCCGACCGGGUAGAAAAAGGUUUGACCACGGCACAAUGUGGAAUUUGCGGAUCCGUUGCAGGGGCAUUUACUCGAUUGAUAGCACAGCCAUUAGAUGUACUUAAAAUAAGGUUUCAACUACAAGUUGAGCCAACAUUUCAGCCGACAUUUCAGAUUACUACGAAGGAAUUCCAAGCGACAGGCAAAUACACAGGGGUCUGGCAGGCUGGCAAGCUUGUUUUCGAAGAAGAAGGAUUUGCGGCUCUAUGGAAAGGACAUGUACCAGCCCAAGCAUUAUCUGUUGUCUAUGGGUAUUUCCAGUUUACUUGCUUUGAGGCCUUCACCAAAGCUGCUUACUUUAUCUCUCCACGGACCAUGGAGAAAAAGUACAAACCAGCGACUCAUUUCAUGUGCGGUGCUUUUUCUGGCUGUGCCGCCGCAGUGAUGGCGCAGCCCUUGGACGUGAUCCGCACAAGGCUUGUAGCCCAAGGGGAACCCAAGAUCUACAAUAGCCUUCUCCAAGCUGCCAGGGUGAUGUAUAAGGGAGAAGGGCCCACCGUUUUUUUCAAAGGCCUCACUCCAUCAUUGUUACAGAUCUUCCCUUAUUCUGGUCUGCAGUUUGGUUCAUAUUCUCUUCUUAAAACUAUUUGGGAUCAUGUGUUUGACAUAAAGGUGCACAACCCAUACAAGCCAGCCGAUGUCAUAGAGAGUCUCACUUGUGGUGCAUUAUCAGGAAUGAUCAGCAAAGCUGUCAUCCUUCCAUUUGACAUCAUCAAAAAGAGAAUUCAGGUUCAGGGAUUCGAGGAAGCCCGGCAGAGCUUUGGUAGAGUGCAGCAAUAUGAUGGAGUCAAGGACUGCUUCCGAACCAUCCUCAAAGAGGAAGGUGCCAUGGGACUUUUUAAAGGCUUAGCUCCAAGUACUCUUAAGGCCGCUGUGACAGUUGGUAUCAUGUUCUGUACGUACGAACAGUGCUUACACCUCUUUCGCAAGCUGAUCCACAAAGGCGAUAGAACAGUAUCCCCAGCAGCCGCAAAACAUCCGGGUCAUUAGACUUUGUGGGCUCCCUUGGCCUCCACGAGGAGCAAAGGGAUUUGGAACACGUAAAAGAAAUUAUUACAGAUGUGACAACCUACGAGCAGCUUGGAAGCACAAAACAUCAAUAGGAAAGUCUCCAUGAGAAUCAAAAGGUUCAGCACGUAAACAAAUUCCAGCCAGUAGUUCUGAUAAUCGUUGGCGUGGCUGACUACCAAGCGGUGUGCAACCCUUGUGAAUUGUAAAUAGGGGGUCACGCGUUCCAAACCCCUUCGUUUUCAGAUCAUACACCUAUUUCAAAUAACGUUGCACUUGAAAAUCGAUGUAUCGAAACCCACAGUGGUUCUGGGUAACGUAUAAACGGCUUAAUCCUGGUACAGUAUUUGAAAUCCAUGCGAAUGUUCACAAGAACAUGAGCAAGAAUUCUACAGCUUGAAGCCUGGAUUAGUUUUAAUUUGCGCUUAUUUGCUUUACGAUGGGUACAGUAUUUGAAAUCCACGCGAAUGUUCACAAGAACAUGAGCAAGAAUUCUACAGCUUGAAGCCUGGAUUAGUUUUUAUUUGCGCUUAUUUGCUUUACGUGUUGCUUUACAUGGAUUCUUCGAGUGCAACCAUAGUUUAAAAAGGUGUAUAUACGUAUUUCAAAUAAGGUUGCAAUUGAGAGUCCACAUAAUGUUCCACAUGUUGUAACCUGCGGUGGCUCAUGGGAAAUGUAAAGAUGGUUGAUUGAUUUCUUUGAAAGUCACAUGAACAAGAAUGCUACAGUUUUCCAAACCAUUAGUUUUUUAUCCACGUUAAUAUUUUAUUUGUUCAUAACAAAUAAAUUCUCAGAGUGCAACCUUAUUUGGAAUAGGUGUCUACAGUUGUUUUUUUGUAAAAUUAUUGUAAAAAGUUGGUUACCAAAAGAAUGGAAUGGUAUUCUGAAGUUGAUGCUUCAGAAGAAAUAUUUGUAUGAUGUAAAUUACUAUAUAUUCAGAACAAGAAAUUUCCGAUUUCCUCCGAUAAUACUUUUUCUAAGUCAUAUUUCAUGUGUAGAUUUAAAUAAGGUAACCUCUGACUUGAAUGUUGGCCUAUAAAUGUUAGACUUACAUGAGGUUAAUAAAAUUCUCACUCUUCAACAUUA